GAAGGAGGAGGUGGAAGAGGAGGAAGAGGAGGAAGAGGAGGUAGAGGAAGAAAAGGAGGAAGAGGAGGAUGAGGUGGUCUACAUGGAGCCUGCCAUCCCUCUUGCCUCUAGUACUCCUGCUCAGGAAUGUGAGGAUACAGAAGUGGAACCGGGGGAGGUAAAGAUUGGUACCCCGUUGACUGAAGAGGAGGAAGAGGAGGAGGAAGAAGAGGAGGAAACAGAAGCAGGGGAGGUGGAAGAAGAGGACCACAACUCUCUCAAAGCCCCACCUACCACAGUGGUCAACGAGAUACGAUCUGAGGAGGAGGAAGAGGAGGAGGAAGAGGAGGAGGAAGAUGACUGUCUCUCACAGGGUUCGGGCGUGACAGAUGACUCAGAGACCUGGGAUAUGACCCGGGGGAACUUGGGACUGCUGGAGCAAGCCAUCGCCCUGAAGGCCGAGCAGGUGAGAGGGCCGCACGUCGACCAACAGUCUCCCGAGCACCAGCACUACCACAGCCCCGACGACAGGGCCAGCAAUGCCAUGGACCCAGCCAUGCGACACAGAGGACACCACAGCAAAGAAAAGAAGGAGGUGAAAUGCCCCACCCCUGGGUGUGAUGGGACGGGCCAUGUGACUGGGCUGUACCCUCACCACCGCAGCCUCUCUGGGUGCCCUCACAAAGACAGGAUCCCACCUGAGAUACUGGCCAUGCACGAGAACGUGCUGAAGUGUCCAACUCCAGGAUGCAUAGGCCAGGGUCACGUAAACAGCAAUCGCAACACACACCGCAGUCUGUCCGGUUGUCCCAUAGCAGCUGCAGAGAAACUCUCCAAGGGGGGCCAUGUCACCCCCAGUCACCCCCAGCCUUCAGUCAGCGAGCCCCCAACUGGGAGCCCCCACUCAGACAGAGUUCUCAGACCUAUGUGUUUUGUGAAGCAGCUGGAGAUCCCUCAGUACGGCUACAGACCCAACAUGGUGCCUGCCACGCCCCGCGCCAACCUGGCCAAAGAGCUGGAGAAAUACUCCAAGGUCUCCUUCGACUAUGCAAGCUUCGACGUCCAGGUGUUUGGGAAGCCUUUGCUGGUUCCAAAGAUGCCCUCCACCAGUCAAACCUCACCCAAAGCCUUCAAAUCUAAACCAUUCCCUAAGGCCACGUCCCCGAGCCAUAGCUUCUCGGGAGGAUAUGCAAAGAGCAGCUCCUCCUCGUCCUCCAGUGGCUACGAUUACUCCCAUGAUGCCGAGGCUGCUCAUAUGGCUGCCACUGCCAUCCUGAACCUGUCCACACGCUGCUGGGAGAGUCCAGAGAACCUUAGCACCAAACAGCAGGACCCAGCUGGCAAGGAAAUAGAUAUUGAAGUGGAUGAGAAUGGGACACUGGACCUGAGCAUGAAGAAGCCCAUCAAGAUGGAAGGGAUGCAAUCACCAGACCAAUCUUCAUCCUCCUCCUCUUCCUCGCAGCACACGGGAGGUGUUCCCUCGUCCCAGGCCCACCUGCAGGAGGAGUUGGAGGGGCCUCUGGACUUCACCAAGCCAAACUGUCCCAAAGAGAAGGAGGAGCAGGAUGAGAUGGACUAUGUGGCCCACUCCUACACCUCCUCUGACGCAGAAGAUGAUGACAUCACCCAGGAGUGCAUGGAGGACAGGAAGUACCCAGGCGAGGUCACCACGUCCAGCUUCAAGGUCCAGUUCUCGCCCAAAGACUGCAAAAAAGAGGUUCUACUAUGUCCCACCCCAGGUUGUGAUGGCAGUGGGCACAUCACUGGAAACUACGCGUCACAUCGGAGUCUGUCAGGCUGUCCUCUUGCUGAUAAGUCUCUUCGGACCCUCAUGGCUGCCCACUCUGCUGAACUGAAGUGUCCGACCCCUGGAUGCGAUGGAUCAGGUCACAUCACUGGAAACUACGCCUCCCAUAGAAGUUUGUCUGGAUGCCCUCGUGCUAAGAAAGGUGCUGUCAAGACAACACCCACCAAGGAUGACAAGGAAGACUCUGAGCUUUUAAGUAGAUGCCCGGUGCCCGGCUGUGACAGCCUGGGCCACAUCAGUGGGAAGUAUGCCACCCACCGUAGUGCCUACGGGUGCCCCCUGGCAGCGCGGCGUCAGAAGGAGGGGCUCCUCAACGGUUCUCCUUUCUCCUGGAAGGCCUUUAAGACAGAGGGCCCCACUUGUCCCACCCCCGGCUGUGACGGAUCAGGACACGCCAACGGCAGCUUCCUCACACACCGCAGUCUCUCUGGUUGUCCCAGAGCCUCUGCUAAUAAGAAGAGAACCAGGUUCCCUGGAGAUGAGUACAUUACAGCAAAGUUCAAGGCCAGCGAUGUUCUGGAUAAUGAUGAAGAUAUCAAGCAGCUGAACAAAGAGAUCGGGGAACUGAGUGAGUCCAACUCAGAGAUGGAGGAUGACAUGAUGAACCUGCACACACAGAUCUCGUCCAUGGAGAAGAACCUGAAGAGUAUGGAGGAGGAGAACAAGCAGAUUGAGGAGAGGAACGAUGCCCUGUAUAUGGAGCUGUCUGGCCUGAGCAAAGCUCUGAUCCGCAGCCUGUCCAACAUCCGGCUGCCACACAUGCAGGAACCUAUGUCGGACCUGAACUUCGAUACCUACGUGGACACAUUGACCCAUAUGUUUUCCAAUAAAGAUUGCUACCAAAAUCCGGAGAACCGCGCUCUGUUGGAGUCCAUCAACCAAGCAGUAAAAGGCAUUGAAGUGUAGUCUCUAAAAGAGUGGUGAGGCAUAAUGGAACAUAUGAAAGAGAGAGGUAGAAGAGGAGACAGGGUGACAUGGUGUGUGGGAAUACAAAACCCAACAACCAUAAAUAAUCAUCCCUUGCUUUUGGGAUAUACAGUGGGGAAAAAAGUAUUUAGUCAGCCACCAAUUGUGCAAGUUCUCCCACUUAAAAAGAUGAGAGA